CGGGGCGGGGUGAUGUUUAGGUUCCGGUAUAAAGGCAGCAAGAAAAUGGGAACCAGACGAGAUGUGGAGCCGGCUGCAGACGCUGUUGUUUUGUACCGGAGACUAGAAUGAGAAGUUCACCGACCGGGUGUAACAGGGCGGCGGUGUAACCGUCUCGGGAGGCCGCUCGCGGUGGGAGAAGCGCCCUCCGCCCCCUGUCCGUCAAUAAGAUGAGGACGCUACUUAUAUUCUGUUGUCUCUUCCUUAUUACCGGCGCAGCGGACCGGGCGUGGGCCACCGGAAACCUAACUGUCGACAGCGGCAGCAACGACACCAACCAGACGGCCGACAGCAGCAGCAGGUACAUCACCAUCGGGGACGGCUCGUCGCAGGAAUUCGAGUUUCCUGAAAACACCAACGGCGUGAUUGUGAUCGCCAGCCGGUACCGAAGCGCCGCGGUGAGCAGGAAGGGCCGCCGGAGCUGGAAGCCGACGGUGACGGUCCGCUCCCUGGACCCGGAGGUCCUCUCCAUCCUCAACGUGACGGACAGCGGCCACGCAGCGACGGCCAAGAGCUACGUUAUCAACAUCCGCUCCGGGUUCCCAGGCCGGGCUCAGCUGCAGAUCCAGCUGCUGGAGCUGGACCAGGACUCGGUGCCGGUUCUGAUCGAAGAGAGAACGGAUUACUCCAUCAGAGUGGCGCCCGGCAACGAUGACCCGGCCACCCGGCUCGUACAGUCCGGCGGCCUGUCCCAUUUCUCUGAGAACCCCGUGCUGUUUGCCCUGCUGCCUCUCAUCUUCGUCAACAAGUGCGCGUUUGGGUGCAAGGUGGAGGUGGAGGUUCUGCGGGGCCUCCUGAGGAGCCCGGUGCCGCUGCUCCUGGGUGUGCUGGGUCAGUUCCUGGUGAUGCCAUUGUAUGCCUACUGCGUUUCCCGGCUGGCCUCGCUGCCCAAAGCGCUGUCCCUGGGCCUGGUCAUCACCUGCUCGGCCCCGGGCGGCGGGGGCGGCUACCUGUACAGCCUGUUGCUCGGGGGGGACGUCACCCUGGCCAUCUCUAUGACCCUGGUCUCCACGGUUGUGGCGGCGGCGGCCAUGCCCCUGUCGUCGGCCCUGUACGGCCGGCUCCUGGGCGUACACGCCGCCCUGCACGUGCCGUUCGUGAAGAUCCUCGGCACCCUCCUGUUCAUCGCCAUCCCCAUCUCGCUGGGCAUGCUGGUCAAGCUGCGCCUGCCCUCCCUUACGCGCGUCCUGCUGGCGCUCAUACGGCCCUUCAGCUUCGCGCUCAUUGUCGGCGGUAUCUUUAUGGCCUACCAGAUGGGCUCGUCCAUCCUAGCCAACGUCCGGCCUCAGAUCGUGGCGGUCGGGGUCACGGUGCCUUUGCUAGGGCUGGUGGUCGGCGCCGUCCUGGCCAAGCUGGCGGGCCUGGCUCCGCCUCUGAGGAAGACGGUCAGCAUCGAGGUGGGCGUCCAGAACAGCCUGCUGGCGCUCGCCGUCAUGCAGCUGUCCUUCCGCCGGGCGGAGGCCGACUUUGCGUCCCAGGCGCCCUUCAUCGUGGCCCUCAGCAGCACCUCGGAGAUGCUGCUCAUAGUCCUGGGCUACUUUGCCCAGCGGAGGUUGUGCGGCGCCACCGUCCCCAGGAGCGACGCCUGAUUGUAGCCGCUGUCUUUUUUUUUUCUUUGUUCAGAACUUUUUGAAGAAUGAACUCUUUCCAACCUGUGGACAUUUGGUGUCCCCGCAGUCUGGGCUUCAAGACACGCGACGACCGCCAGUCCGGUCACCCCGCUAUGCACCGGACAACGAAUGGACUUUUUUGCGUUGUUUUCGUAUUUUUCAUGAAAACCAAAGGCCUUUUACCCCUCUGAGACUCCCCUUUUUGUGUUUAUUUUACAGUAUGUACUUUUUAAAAUCAGAUUAUACUGUGAGGUACUCAGUGUAAAUAUUCCUAAGAAGAAACAUACCUAUAAAAGAAAAGAUAUUUUUCUACCAGAUUACUUUUUGUAAUCCAAAAGCAAAGAUCGAUUUGCAUCAUGUUUACAAGAGGUCCAUGUGUCUUAGCCUGGUGGGGGGAAAUACGUUUUGGGGGGGCUUAAGUGGAAUCAUUUGGAGGUAAUCAAACGGUAACAUGAUGAUGUUAUGAAAGUAUUUGCCACUGAUUGUUUCUCCUGGAUCUGCGAAUCCAUGUACUUGAAUAUUUGCGAGAAGUGCAGAAAAAGUAAAUAAAACAUUGUUAAAGCAG